GGAACACUGCCUAAGGCAUUUACAAGAAUCAACGGAUCGGUAGCAGAUUGUAUGAAAGUGAGAUAAAAUGGCGUGGAAAGAAACUUUUUCAGCCUCCUCCACUUCACUAAAAGUGUCCAUGGCUCUUGCUCCUCUCCAGGCUCUAGUUUAUAUCAUUGGAUACUCAACCAACUACUGGGUGAGAGCAAAAGUUACAUCAGUAAACACUGGUUCCUUGGGGGGUGGAGAUAGCAUAUCCGGGCUGUUUAACCAGCUUGGAUUCAAAGUCUCCAACGGUUUAUGGGGAAGUAAAAUGUGUCUGCUGGACCAGUGCCAGACAAGUGAAUUCGGUUCCAUACCAGACUGGCUACAUGUGACAAGACUGUUUGCAACGCUUUCUCUGAUCGGGUUUGUGGUGACCACUGUUGGUGUGUUUGUCUGUCUGUUUGUGACACAGCUAUCACAGAGGCGGAUCCUACACAUUUUGACGUGUGUGGUGGCGACUUCAACAGCUGUCUGUGUGUUGGUAGCCGUGAUCAUUUACGGUACUCAGUACAACAAUCUGGAUCAACGGUUCCUGACCCAGACAGACAAGGACCCAUCCUGGUCCUACGGUCUGUGCGUGGCGGCUCUAAUUUUAGACAUCAUCACCUCCAUCCUGUUGGCCAUCAACGCUCUGAGGAAACCCAUCAUCUAGGGGUGUACUUCAAAUCUCACUGUACAUAUCAUCUAAUUUUGUACUUAAAAUAACAUUGUGCCUAUCCAUUAUACCAUUAAUUAGUGGUGUAUUAUAAAUCCCGAUGUACUUUUUGUUAUAAUAGUAAUAAAACAUCAUC